UCAAGAGAUUCAUGUGUCAGUUUUGUAUUCUCUAAUUUGUCUACUUGGUUUUCAGUGUUGGUUGUUUGGCGCGUUGCAUUUCAAGAUUUUUGUAUAAAUUCAUCUAUUUCUAUAAUAUUCCAUAUUCUAACAGCGUAUAAGAGUGUCGUAAGUUAACAGUUAACAAUGCCAAGUCAAUAUGAAGAGGAGCGUACUUGGGAAGCACCAAAUCAUAAUCAAUAUGAAGAAGAAGGCAAUGAAGAUGUCAUUGAGAAUCCAGAAGAGGUUUUACAUGAAUGUCUUGAAAAGUUCAAGACUCCAGAUUACAUCAUGGAACCUGGAAUAUUUGGGCAACUGAAACGGUACUUUCAAGCUGGAGGAAAUCCAGAACAAGUUAUCGAACAGCUAUCAAUAAACUACAAUGCAGUUGCACAAAUGGCUAAUUUACUUGCUGAAUGGCUAAUACUUGGAGGAGUCAAAGUGACAGAGGUACAAGCAAUGGUUGAAAAUCAUUUGAAAGAUAUGAUUUUAAAAACAUUUGAUCCGAAGAAAGCUGACACUAUAUUCACUGAAGAGGGAGAAACUCCAGGUUGGUUGACAGAAAUGAUUGAGCAUCCAACAUGGCGGUCACUGAUUUACCGAUUGGCUGAAGAAUAUCCAGAUUGUCUCAUGCUUAACUUUACCAUCAAGUUAAUAUCAGAUGCUGGAUUUCAAGGAGAAAUUACAAGCAUUUCUACAGCUGCUCAACAAAUUGAAGUAUUUUCUAGAGUACUGAAAUCAGCAAUAGUUGGUUUUUUGCAAAGUUCUGAUGAUUGGCAAAAUAGUGUUAAUGAAUGUGCAAAAAUGGUAUGCCACGGAGCUCACACAUAUGUAUACAGUCAAGUUAUUGUGCAUAUACUUUCACAAGAGCCUAGAGGAGGUGCCAUUAUGAAAAGAUUAGGCCAAGAAAUAACACGUUGUGCUCAACAAAGUGGACAUGAUGUGACUCCAAUUACAUUAGCAUUGACAUCUGGGGAAUCAUGGCGCAAUGCUCGAACGGCGCUUGCGGCCAUGUUAUCUCGCGGAGCGUUGAACCCUGCAGAUAUUUCAGUUUUAUUCAGAGCUUACACACAGUCUGAACCACCACCAGUACAUUUGCUAAGAAUCCCUCAAUUUUUGGAACUGUUGGUUGACUCAUUAUUCAAAUCUGGGAGUAAGCUAAACCCAGAACACAAAUCAAAGUAUAUGUAUUUAUUGGCUUAUGCUGCAAGUGUAUGCGAAGGUCUGACACCUGGCAGGCCUGUAAAGGAUGAAUUAAAGGCUACAGUGCAAGCUAUAGAAAAAGUGCAUGCUGUAUGUAGCAGCUCUGCAAGCUCUAGUGAAUUGAUUGCUGAAUUACCUACAUUGUACCAUUGUAUAAGAUUUCCAGUUGUUGGAAUGGGUGUUUUAGUUUGGGUAGAAUGUGUUGUUACUGAGCCCUCAUACUUCAAACUGUGCACAGAACAUUGUCCUGUACAUUUGGCUUUACUAGACGAAGUUGCGUCUUGCCAUCAGUUGCUGCACCACAGACUCUUACGAUUGCUUGUACAACUCUUUGAAUCUCCACAAGAUGAAUUGGAAAUCUUAGUACAGUUGGAACUAAGAAAAAUGUUAUUGGAUAGAAUGGUAAACCUACUAAGCAGAGGAUGCGUCGUGCCAGUGCUACGUUACAUAAAACAAUGUUGGCAACGUGGUGAUACUGAUAUUUCCCUGAUUAGAUACUUUAUUACGGAGGUUCUUGAUGCAAUUGCACCUCCUUACACGCCAGAAUUUGUGCAGUUAGUGCUGCCAAUGGUGGAAAAUGAAGAAAUUACUGGCACAAUGAGAGCUGAAGGGGAAAAUGAUCCUGUUUCUGAAUUCAUAGUUCACUGCAAGGCACACUAUGUUGUAGUGUAAACAAAAAUAAAUAAAAUAUCAUGAGUAUUAAUUAAAUAAGUUUAAUUAUAUUUAAAUAUAAAAUGAUCUAUUAUAGUAAUAAAGGCCCAAUUUAUCAACAACCUCUUGCUGCUUUUCUUUCAUAAUACCUUUUGAGAGCUUCUUCAAAAACUGGUCCAACAGUUCUCUUUUUCCAAAUAUCAAUUUUCUCUUUUGGUAUUGGUGUCACUUCUUUAGUUUCAGUACUUUCAUUUUUAAUUUGUUUAGGGCUACUGGUCUUUUCUUUUACAUUUAUCUCGUCAGAUUUUUCUGGUUUAAUUUUCAAAGGCUCUUUUUUGUCACCAUCUUCAUCACUUGACUCAUCUAUUGAAAAAUCUGAAUCUGCAUCAAUAUUUUCCGACUUUUGUUUCUUUGCCAAUUUUAAAUCAUCUAGAUUAACACGAUUAAUCUCUUCAUCAGAGUCCUCAAUUUCGCCAUCAGACAAUCGUGUCCUGUCUGAUGAUUUUCGCUUUCUGUAAUUUCUUUUCUUUUGUAAAUCAGGAUUUGUAGUCGUUUUUGUAGAUGCAUCAUCAUCAUUUUUACUUUCUUCUGUAACAUCAGACUUUGUUGCCUCUACAUUUUCUACUUCAGUUUUAUCUUUUCCUAACUUCUGUUCAUAUAGAUGACGGUAAAAACCACCUAAAAAU